CUCCAAACCUAACAAAGAUUUACAGAAUUGUCAUCUGUAAGCAUGUGAGGGGGGAGACCUCUGACUUUUCUUCUCGGAGUCUACGCACAUUCUAUAAAAACUUCCCCAUUAUUCUAUCUAUUCUCAGAGGUCCUGCAUGUGUACAGAGAAGUGAUGGCCGCCAUCUCUUUCUUUGCUUCACUUUUCUUAUCAACUUUCUUGCUUCAUUUGUGCUUGUUCUAUGGGGUGGGUGCCGGCAAUCCGGCUAUUGGGUCCAAUAGGGAAGCAUUGGAAAUUAUUACAGGCGGCGGUGGUGGUAGCAACUAUCCUGCUCCUCCUACUGAAAAUGAAAACUGUCCUCCUCCGCCUCCUGAACCUGAAUGUCCCCCACCUCCACCGCCUCCGCCUCCNCCAUCUCCGCCGCCCCCAUCUCCACCGCUUCCAUCUCCGCCGCCGCCACCAUCUCCGCCGCCCCCAUCUCCACCGCUUCCAUCUCCGCCGCCGCCACCAUCUCCGCCGCCCCCAUCUCCACCGCCUCCAUUUCCGCCGCCUCCACCUCCGCUGCCAAGUGGGAUUAGCCAUCGAGUUCUAAAGGUCUACCCCAUAGUUAAAGCGUUCCAAAAGAAAAUCUUCUACGACCCAUUUGGAAAAACGGUUUCAUGGAAUAAAAAUAAAAAAAACGUAUGCAGAUACGACGGCUUCACCUGCGCCAACUAUCCGACCGGCAACAAUGAACAAGCAGUUGCUGCUGUAGACUUCAACGGCUUUCAGUUUGGUGGCAAGGACGGCCUCCUUCCUCUCUCUGGGUUCAUGGAAAACUUAACCGACAUAACCGUUUUCCACGCAAACUCCAACAAUUUCACCGGUGGCAUCCCCAAAGAGAUCUCCAACCUUAAAUACUUCUACGAGCUAGAUCUCAGCAACAACAAGUUGAAAGGGCAGUUCCCGAUGGAAGUUCUUGGUGCCACAAAGCUCACUUUCUUGGACCUCCGGUUUAACAAACUUCAAGGCACGGUUCCACCCCAAGUGUUUUUGCUAGACGUGGACGUAAUCUUCAUCAACAACAACAAUUUUUACCAGAAUCUUCCUUAUAAUCUUGGCUCUACGCCAGCCCUUUAUCUCACUUUUGCCAACAACAAGUUCACAGGGCCAAUCCCGCCAAGCAUUGGCAACGCCAAGGACACCCUCAUUGAGGUGCUCUUCUUGAACAACAAGCUUACAGGGUGCUUGCCAUUUGAGAUUGGGAAACUGAAAUUGGCAACUGUUUUUGAUGUGAGCAUCAAUCAAUUGACGGGUCCAAUACCCCACUCAUUUCAGUGCCUGUCUAAAAUAGAGGUGCUUAACCUGUCUCGGAACGAGUUCUAUGGGUCGGUCCCGGAUGAAAUCUGCAAGCUGCCUAACCUGGGUGCCUUCGAUUUAUCAAACAACUUCUUCACCGAGGUGGGCCCUGAAUGCAGAAAAUUGAUCCAUAAAAAUUAUCUUGAUGUCAAACAGAAUUGCAUUAUAGACCUUCCACAUCAGAAAUCAAAACGUGAAUGUGCUGCAUUUUUCUCCAAGAAGCGGAACCACCGCUGCAACGAGAAGAACAUGAAUUACAUUCCUUGUAAGAAAAAGUAUUAUUCAGAUCCUCUUGAUUCGUCCUAUCAUCAACCGGCGACGGUUCCAGCACCUUCACCACUUUCCUAUGGCGCUCUUAAACCGCAUAGGCCGUGAUUUUCGAGCUCUAAUGGGGGGAGGCCUUUCGUAAUAUUACAUUUACAUAUUUCUGUUCUCUUUAUAUAUAUUGACUAAAAGUCAUGAAUAAGGCAGUGUGUUCUAAUUUGGCAUCUCCAUCAGAUGCCAAUUCUUAUAGUGUAGUGCUGAAGAUUGUUGGCUCCCUGCUAAACUGUAUUCAUCAGAUAGCGUUCAUAAAUCAUAAUGUUGUCUAAGUCAUUACUGUUCCCUUGCUUAUGCUUAUGCUUAUGAUGAUGAUCAUUCUUUGUGCCAAUAAUUGGUUGAAUGGCGCCACAUUUCCAGGAUCAAUAGCAGUCGGAGAAACUAAUUUGGCUCCAUUUUCAUUUUCA